CCGGGAGCCUCAGGCUGCCUGGCGCCUGGCGUGUGCACCAGCUUGGUGCACCCUGCUUGUACGUGAAGCUCUUUGCAUCUCUUCUUGUGUCUCCAAGAAUCUGUGGGUUCUUCGUCAAUCUUAGCACACCCAGCCGAGCGUCAGGAUUCGCCCUCCGGGCUUGCUACAAGCAGUGGGAUGCGCCCCUUUUCUCGACAGCCUAUCGGAGAGUCCCAGCCGUUCACGUUGACCAAUGGAAGUCUCGGCCGUCUCGCUCCGCCCCGCGCCAAUGCACGCCACAAAGUAUGGAGAUGGAGCAGUAGCAAAGCUUGUGAGAAAGCUCUACAGUAUAAAGUGGGAGAAAAGAUCCACGGAUUCACCGUAGAACAGGUAACAUCUGUCCCUGAACUGUUACUAACUGCAGUGAAGCUCAGCCAUGACAACACAGGAGCCAGAUACUUACACCUGGCAAGGGAAGACCCAAAUAAUUUGUUCAGUGUGCAGUUCCGCACUACUCCAAUGGAUAGUACUGGAGUUCCACAUGUUCUUGAGCAUACGGUCCUUUGUGGUUCUCAGAAAUACCCAUGUAGAGAUCCUUUCUUCAAAAUGUUAAACAGGUCAUUAUCCACUUUUAUGAAUGCCUUUACAGCUAGUGAUUAUACCCUGUAUCCAUUUUCCACACAAAAUGCCAAGGAUUUUCAGAAUCUGCUCUCAGUAUAUUUGGAUGCAACCUUUUUUCCAUGCUUGCGGGAACUAGAUUUCUGGCAGGAAGGAUGGCGACUAGAACAUGUGAAUCCAAGUGACCCUCAAACACCCUUGACCUUUAAAGGAGUGGUCUUUAAUGAGAUGAAGGGAGCAUUUACAGACAAUGAAAGGAUAUUCUCACAGAACCUUCAGAACAAACUUCUUCCUGACCAUACUUACUCCGUGAUCUCUGGAGGUGACCCGCUGUGCAUCCCAGAGCUUACAUGGGAACAGCUUAAACAAUUUCAUGCUACUCAUUAUCACCCAAGUAAUGCUAGGUUCUUCACUUAUGGGAAUUUUGAAUUAGAGCAGCACCUGAAGCAAAUACAUGAAGAGGCACUGAGUAAAUUUCAGAAAAUUGAACCAAAUACCAUGGUGCCAUCCCAGAAGCUCUGGCAUGAGCCUAGGGAAUUCCAUAUAACUUGUGGCCCUGAUUCAUUGACUGCAGAUGCCUCUAAACAGACAACCAUCAGUGUUAGCUUCCUCUUACCAGACAUCACUGACACAUUUGAAGCCUUCACAUUAAAUCUUCUGUCUUCACUCUUGAUUAGUGGGCCCAAUUCCCCUUUUUAUAAAGCCCUAAUUGAAUCUGGACUUGGCACAGACUUUUCUCCCGAUGUUGGAUAUAAUGGUAACACCCGUGAGGCCUACUUCAGUGUUGGCCUCCAGGGGAUUGCUGAGAAAGAUGUUCAGACUGUCAGAGACCUUGUAGACAGAACAAUUGAUGAAGUAGUUGAGAAAGGAUUUGAAAAUGAACAAAUAGAAGCUUUACUUCAUAAAAUUGAAAUACAAAUGAAGCAUCAGACUACCAACUUUGGACUUGCCCUGACAUCAUACAUAGCUUCUUGCUGGAAUCACGAUGGGGACCCUGUGGAGCUCUUGAAGAUGGGAAGUCAGUUAACUAAAUUCAGGCAGUGUCUUAAGGAAAAUCCAGGGUUUUUACAAGAAAAAGUGAAACAGUACUUUAAGAAUAAUCAGCAUAAGCUGACUUUAUCAAUGAAGCCAGAUGACAAGUAUUAUGAGAAACAAUCUCAAAUGGAGACAGAAAAACUAGACCGAAAGAUCAAUUCUCUCUCCCAGGAAGAUAAGCAACGGAUCUAUGAAAAAGGUUUACAGUUACGCGACCAGCAAAGUAAACCUCAAGAUGCCUCCUGUCUCCCAGCAUUAAAAGUCUCGGACAUUGAGCCCACCAUUCCUUUCACUGAGUUGGAGGUGUCCUUGGCAGCUGGAGAAAUCCCUGUGCAGUACUGUGCCCAGCCCACAAAUGGCAUGGUAUAUUUCCGAGCCUUUUCUAAUUUAAACACGCUUUCUGAGGAGCUGAAGCCCUACGUGCCUCUCUUCUGCAGUGUCGUUACCAAGCUGGGCUGUGGCAACCUUAACUAUAGCGAACAAGCUCAGCAAAUAGAACUGAAGACAGGAGGCAUGACCGUUUCUCCCCAAGUGCUUCCUGACGAGUCCCAUCUGGACACCUAUGAGCAGGGCGUACUUUUUUCAUCUCUCUGCCUGGAUCGAAACCUACCUGACAUGAUGCAUCUGUGGACUGAAAUAUUUAACCACCCAUCCUUCGAUGAAGAAGAACACUUCAGAGUGUUAGUUAAGAUGACUGCGCAGGAGCUGUCAAACGGGAUUCCGGACUCUGGGCAUGUCUACGCGUCCCUUAGAGCAAGCAAGACACUCACACCUGCGGGGGACUUAGCUGAGACGUUUGGUGGGAUGGAUCAGGUGAGGUUGAUGAAGAGAAUUGCAGAAAUGACAGACAUCACACCAGUCCUGAAAAUGUUCCCACGGAUCAAGAAACAUCUAUUAAGAUGUGAUAAUUUGAGAUGUUCAGUGAAUGCUACUCCUCACCAGAUGUCUCAGGCAGAAAAAGAGGUAGAAAACUUCAUUAGAAACAUUCAUGGAAGUAAGAAGGAACGGAAACCUGUCCGCCCACAUGUGGUUGAGAAACCCAUACCCAGUGGCUCUGGCACCAAUGGCUCCCAGAUGAUAAGAAAGCUGAUCACAGAGCCCACUUUCAAACCUUGGCAAAUGAAGACACAUCUGCUGAUGCCUUUCCCGGUGAAUUUUAUUGGUAAAUGUGUCAGAACUGUCCCCUACACACAUCCAGACCAUGCCAGUCUUAAGAUUCUUGCCCGUUUGAUGACUACCAAGUUCUUGCAUACAGAAAUUCGAGAAAAAGGGGGUGCUUAUGGUGGAGGUGCUAAAUUUGGCUAUAAUGGAAUGUUCACAUUUUACUCUUACAGGGAUCCAAAUUCAAUAGAAACACUUCAGUCUUUUGAGAAGGCUGUCAACUGGGCUAAAUCUGGAGACUUCACACAGCAGGAUAUCGAUGAAGCCAAACUUUCCGUUUUUUCUGCUGUAGAUGCCCCUGUUGCUCCUUCAGACAAAGGCUUGGACCACUUCUUAUAUGGCCUCUCCAAUGAGAUGAAGCAGCUGCAUAGGGAGCAGCUCUUUGCCGUCAGCCACGACAGUCUUACUGCUGUGAGUGACAAGUACCUUGGCGUUGGGAAGAGCACACACGGACUGGCUAUAGUUGGACCAGAGAAUGAAAAAAUUUCUAAGGAUCCAUCGUGGAUAGUGAAAUAGCUGGUCACAAGCAUUUCUGACUAUACUCAGGAACUCAGCCUCUUACAAAUUAUGCCUCUCAGUUAAUUUUAGUAUGAAAUAUCAAAAAUGUUGUUUGUUCCAAAAAUCAUGUCUUUCUUAAAAUUUGACCAAAGGUAUUAAUUGGUAAGUUGGACAAAACCUUUUUAUCUUAAAGAAAUAGAGAGCAUGAAGAAACUAACUGAAAUAUUCAGGCAUAAAAUAUUUAAGUGGAAAUUUAAAACUUUAUAAUCCUAGGACAUUUAUUUUAAAAAUAAAAGUCAUCUUUGACCUA